CUCUCUCUCUCUCUCUCUGUCUCCAUGGACUCUUACGCUCCAUUACUCGAAAAGACCAGAGUGCCACAGCCUUCGCUCCAGAAGUUCGCAGUUAUUUCGAUCUUCUCGAAGCUGCGGUCCGCACCGAAGUACCUGGACUCCGAAUCCAAACCCGGAAGAGAGGCCAUCUCUCAGUGUCUCCACUCAACCUCCCCGGCCGUUGUGGAUCAAUCCGUUCGAGAGCUAUGCCGCCUCGUAACGGACUCGCAAAUGGAUAUCCCUCGCGGGUUGCUGGAGCUCCAGUCCGCCCUGGAAGGAUCUGAUCCGAAAUACAUCGACCUUUUUGUUAAAGGGCUGGGGUUUCUGGUUCGGUUUGGGUUUGAGAAGAAUAAUGGAUCGUGGAGAUUUAGUUCGACGGAGACUCACCCUUUUGUCAAGGUUCUCUCGUGCCGACCAGAGGUUCAGUCUGAGCUCGUGCAGCAAGUAUUAUUGUUUAUGGCACAAAAUAAGCGGCUGGGAAUGGUGGAAGUUUGCGAAUUUUUAAGACCCUUUUUGAAUUAUUCAAUUUUAAGGAUACCCUUUUCGGAUUCUUCAUCCUCUCUGUUUGCAAGGCAUUUAGUAUCAUCAAUGGCAUCUCUUUCUUGCUCAUUCCCUCUUGAGGCAAUGCCAAUUUUGAAGUUGCUAAUGAAAUGCACCAAGUAUCUUCCUCGGAAAAACUCAGAAGGAUGUAGGAAUUAUACGUACUUUGUGGAAUGUAUGGUGGAUACGUAUAUAGUGGUAUUGAGAAAUUUGGCUGGAAGGGAUUGGUAUCUGAUUACUGAAGCUCAACUAUGCGGUGUGGAAAUGUUGGAGACUGUUCUUUCUUUAUGUACAUGUCAUCACGGGUUCUCAGGUGUAAAUGAGCCCAUAGUUGAACUGGGGAAGCGAAUAUUGUUUGUCCAAAGAGAUCAUGGUUUGCAAUAUGUACCUGAAUUAUCAUCAUCUGUGCUAUCAUUAUUUGUUAUCCUCAUUCAGUCAGAGCUUGAACAUGAACAACUUUCGAUACUGAAAAUUUUCCACUUCCUCCUAAAGUGGAAAUGUGAAAAUGGGUAUGAUAUCGGCAGAACUGUAUCUGUUUUGAGCGAAGAGCUUUUAUUUGUGUUUCCUGUCAUCAGCCUCAUGUCAUCACCUUCUAAGUGUGUCAAAGGAGCAGCAACUGAGUUGCUUGUCACAUUAGAAAAGCUCCUAGUAAAAACAUUGGUGGCAACGAAGAAUGAACUUGCAAUGGAAAGGAGAUUUCCAUCUGUCAGCACACCUGGAUUUAUUGUUUUUCGGCUCCUGCAACAUUUAUGGUUUCAGGAUCAGUAUUCAUCAUCCAGUUUCUUCUUUUUAAAUUUUUCUUCUAGUUGUAAAGCUGAUGGCAAAGAAAUGCUUAAUUUACCAAGAUCUUGGGCGUCUCUGCUAAGACAAUAUUCUUUAUGGAUCGUUGACAGACGAAAAUCCUCCCCACAUCUCUAUAUGCCUCAAGAAUUGUUUUUAAAUGAAAUGCCCCUGUUACUCAGUGCUGUUGCUGGUGUUUUGGUGAUCCAUCAGUCGCUGGGAAGUGCUGCUCUAGAUUCUUUGGCCUCUAUUGGUGUUAUGGACGCUAAACUGGGAGUUCCGUUGUUGCUAGCAAUUUUAUUUUACAAUGACAUUUUCACCAGGAAUGAUAUCUUAAACCAGAAUAUGUUGCUAAAGAGUUUGGGAAUGCUUCCAUCACUUGGUUCGCAUUCUGUGAUGAUUCCACUCAUAGUUCAAACUAUCAUGCCAAUGCUUCACAAGGAUGCAAAACCAACAUUAUAUGCUACAGCGACUCGUUUGCUCUGUCAAACCUGGGAGACCAAUGACCGUACCUUUGGGAGUUUGCAGGGUGCCCUACUCCCAAAACGGUUCAAUGAAUUCGUGUCUCAGAGAAAUAUAUGUAUCAGUAUUGCUGCUUCCAUUCGGGAUGUUUGCAGAAAAAACCCUGAUAGGGGUGUGGACCUCAUCUUGUCUGUUUCGGCUUGCAUUGAGAAUCGAGAUCCUGUAGUUCAAGCUCUUGGCUUUCAAAGUCUUGCCCACCUCUGUGAAGCUGAUGUAAUUGAUUUUUAUACAGCUUGGGAUGUUAUUGCGAAGCAUUUGCUAGAUUACUUCACUGACCCAGCUCUUGCACAUAGCAUUUGCCUUCUGCUGAGAUGGGGUGCAAUGGAUGCUGAAGCAUACCCAGAAGCUUCAAAGAAUGUUUUGCAUAUUUUAUGGGGCAUUGGUACCUCUGCCCAUCCUGGUCAUGACUUAAAAUGGGCAAAGGCAAGGACCUCUGCUUUUGUGGCCUUGAUCCAAUAUGAGGUACCACAUGCUGAUAAAAGUAUUCCAGAAUUCAAGAAUAGGAGCUUGGAGCUGCUUUUUUCUGAGACCAACUCCAAUGUACUCAGGGCCAUGGAAGAAUUUCAUGUCAAGAUCAUAACAUAUGAGCACGUCACUCGCCGAAGAUUGAUCAAGGAGAAAAGAGUUGCAGGAAGUAAGAUUGAGAAGCUGCUGGAUGUAUUUCCUCAGGUUAUCCUCUCUUCAGAGGAAAGAAGUAAUGCCAAAAAAUUACCCGGUGCAGCUCUAUUAUCUCUUUCCUUCACUCCUAAAGAUGUGAGCAAUCAGGGGCCAUCAAGGGGAUUACGAGAUCCACAUGCUGGAUAUGAGAAUGCAAUGGUGGAAAUAGCAGCAUCUCUUCAGCUCUCAAGAAAUAUUUUCUUUGCACUUCUUUCACUGCAGUCAUGGGAUCCCUUUGUGCGACGUUGGAUGAGAGCUGAUAUGUUGUAUUUUGAUGCUAAAUCACCUCCCACUGUCUUGGAUAAAUCUUCCAAAGCGGCUAAUGAUAUCCUUAAGAGUAUGAUACGAAUAGCAGAAGAAGCCAUCCUUAGAGCUUCUGAAAAUGUUGCAUUAGCCAUUGGUGCACUUUGUUCAGUCUUGCCUCCAUCUGCCCAUACUGUUAAAUCAACUGCUUCAGAGUUCCUGUUUAAUUGGUUGUUCCAGCAUGAACAUGAACACCGCCAAUGGUCAGCUGCUAUUUCUCUUGGAUUGAUCUCAAGUUGCCUUCAUGUAACCGAUCAUGAGCAGAAAUUUCAGAUCAUCACUGGACUUGUUGAGGUUUUAGGUAGUAGCAAAAGCAUCCUUGUCAAAGGAGCUUGUGGUGUUGGCUUGGGUUUUUCAUGCCAAGAUCUUCUAACCAGGGUUGAAGCUACUGAUAACUCUAAUUUGGACAAAGACACCAGAAAGAUGCAGGAAGAGGACUUGGUAAGAAAGAUUGUAAAGGUCUUAUCGCUAAUGAUAUGUAAGCUCACUCAGUCCUCAUCUGAUAUAGUGGAAAGUCUCUCUGCAUCUAUCAUGCCAGAUGCAUCUGAUCUUGAUGCUGUUAAAACUGCUGAUCUACUGUGCGAGAACUGUGAUGACUUGGAGGAAGAUAUCUGGGGUGUUGGUGGACUUGUCCUUGGUUUGGCGAGCUCUGUUGGUGCAAUAUACAGAGCUGGGGCACAUGAUGCUGUGCUCAAGAUAAAGGACUUAAUCAUAUCGUGGAUUCCACAUGUGAACUCUCUUGUUCAAAAUUUUGAUUCUUGCAGUGAAGAUUCUGAGAUUGUAUUGUCAGUAGGUUCCUGUCUUGCACUUCCCAUUGUCGUGACUUUCUGCCAGAGAGUAGAAUUGAUGAAUGAUAGUGAACUAGAUCAUCUUGUGAAUGGCUAUAGGGAGCUCAUUUCUGAUUUAGUUUCUGUUAAAGCAUCUAGCAUUUCUCGUCAGUGUUUGUUAAUGGCAUCAUGCAUUGGAGCUGGAGGCCUCCUUGCCUGCAUUUUGAAUGAAGGGGUGCAUCCUAUUGAAGUUGAGUGUGUCAAAGGUUUACUAGAGUUGUUUAGAGAGUGUUAUUCCAAUCCUUCCCCUCCUCUUAUCCAAGUGGGUGGGGUGUUUGGAGUUGUCAAUGCCAUGGGAGCAGGUGCUGGGAUUUUGGUUCAUGUGCAUCCUCUAACCUCCUCAAUGCAGACCGGUUUUGAGCGAAAGGAAUCUCGCUAUCUCAGGGGUCCUUUACUUUCAAGUCCAGUUUGUGAGCCAAAUUUGACAUCAUUGAUGCAGGAGAUAUUUCUCGUUGCCCAAAAUUCUGAUGGGCAUCAGCUGCAACAAUAUGCAGCAUGGGCAGUUUCAUUUCUUCGGCAUCAUUUGUGGUACAAGGAACCUCUCAACAUUGACAGCGGUAUCAAGACUAGUGAAGCUGGUUCAAAAUCUGUGUCUCAAAUUUUUUCUGAGGACAGUGUGGUUAUGAGGCUCUGUUUGUGGUUAAUGCAUCUGGAUGUUUCUGAGACAGGCCCCAUUGCACAUGUUGGCACUGUAGCUACUGUGUUCAGGUGCCUUUCACGUGCUCCUAGGUUGCCAGUCUUGGAUUGGGGUGCAAUCAUAAGACGCUGCAUGAGAUACGAGGCUAAAGUUGCUGAGUUGUUAACACCUGAUUCAUCUCUUGAAGAAGGAAUCCUCAGGAAGCAAUGUUUGCAGUUUUCAUUAGCUCAUGCAAACCAGUUUGAUCCACUAGCAACUUUCCUCGAUGAGAUGUCUGACCUGUCCAGAUUUAAGACACUUGAACUGAAUCUGCAAUCAUGUCUGCUCAUUCACCUGGCAGACCUGAUAAAAGUAUUUUCAGGUUCCAGGAUUGAGAAACUGUUUAAUGAUUUAACUUACUACUUGCCUUCGGUUACUUCAAUGUUGCGGAGUUCGUGCUGGAAGGGUCUAUAUCAGUGCCUAGAUGAAGCUUCUCUUGACUCUGUAGACUACAUAUCCCACAUUGAAAGGUGCAUGGAGGUGCUAUUUGCCCAGUUGCCGGUAUUGGGAGCAGCAGCCAUCAUAGAAGUGGAUCAGCUUAGUUCUGUAGAGUGGUCUGAGGCCAUUAGAUGUUUAGGGAAGGCUCGACGGGUUUGGUUAUUGACUUUUCUGCAGGUUGCAGAGGAGGAACCAGUUCGAAGAGAUGGUCAGUUGACUCAGUCUAUCGAAUUAAUUAAAAAGAUGCAAGCCAAAGCCAAGCUAGUUAGGAUGGGUUCCCUCCCAUUGACUGAGCUGGGAAGACUAAAAGCUUAUAUAUUAAACUCUGAAUCACAUGGUAUCUGGGAUGUGCUCGUUGAAGUUGUAGCAGCUUUGCAACAUGCAGAGCAAAGUGUCAAAAGACAGUGGGUUGCCGAUGCAGUAGAAGUUAGCUGCAUAUCAAGUUAUCCUUCCACGGCACUUCAGUUUCUCGGUCUGCUAUGUGGUAGCUGCUGCAAAUACAUGCCUCUUCUGAUUGUGGAUCAACAUGCUGUGCUGAGUGAUCUACCAGUUACCCUCACUUCUCUCAUGUCAGACUCCAGCUGGGAUGUUGUUGCAGAAUCGGUUGUUUCUAAUCUCUGGGCAUCAACGGAGCGCAUUUACAAAUGGGCUACACAAAAAGUAUGCAGUGAUGAUACAGCUGACACACAACCUAUAGAUGAAAGUGAGAGUUAUAUGGCUGUUUUUCUAUUGCGUGUAAUGCAUAGGACUUGUGGAUAUUUGAAAGACCACUUGCCUCUAGACAAACAGCUGAAGCUUGCGAAUAUGGUUAUCCUUGAAAACGUGGGCUUUUGAAUGAGGUUAAAACCAGAAUGUGCGCGGGCAAUUUGUGUCUCUUUACUUGGCCAAAUUGUGGUCUUCUAAAUUUGCAUGUAAAUUUUCAGAUGACUUCCGUUUGCAUUCUAGAAAUAAUGAUAGUUAUCUUCUUCUUC